GGGGGGGGGGGGCAGCCCCCAGAAAGGGCAAGGGACUUCUGCCACUAAUGCCUUGACAACAUUGAGUGCUUUAGUGGUACAUCCAGUCCCCAAGCUAGUGAAGAGGGGGAAGCUCCCGAUCAAGCGGGCAACCCACGGACCUUGGAUUGGGGGACGCUGGAGACAUCAUGUCCUCUCCAGCCCCCAAGACUGCUGCAGCAGCUCCCCAGGGCGCCGCUCCCCAACAACCAGGCCAUUGAUGAGCUGAUCAUCUCUCUUGUCAGGGAUUCUCCCGCCAAGGAGACGGAAGGAGCUCCGUCCUGGGGAGAUGGUCAACUCCAGUCAACAGAAAUCCUCACAGGUCCAGCGUCCCAAGAAGUAAUCUUGGAGUGCACCAUCAAGGACGCUGGACCCAAAGAUGGGGAGAAGACUUCGCUGGCCGUGAACGAGAGUGCUUCAAUUGCUCCUGCACAAAGGCCACCACUACCAGCGGACAAGAUCAAGCUUGUAUAAGAGAACAUGGCGCAAUGCCAAAAAUUCAUUCAAGAGAACGUGGCUGAAUGCCAGAAGCCUCUGGCAGAUAUUGCCGAACAAGAAGGCGCCAGGUUCCAGGAGAUCGACAAGUUCGAGAUUGAACAGAGCCAAGAGUCUUGCCUCCUGAAAGAACAAGUGGCAAAACUUGCGGAGGACAAGAAAGCUCUCGAGGAGAGAUAUAAGUCAUUGCAAGAGAAGAGCAAAGCCAGCGCCAAGAAACAGAAAGAACUCAAAAAGUUGUUAGAAACUCAUGAGGAUGUGGUGACUGACUUAAAAGCUUCUUAUGUAUCAUUAUGAAGAAGGACUUCGACAAACAGCUUGUUGAGAUGCUGCAGCAUGUCAAGGAUCUAGCUGCCGAGAUAGAUCUCUUAAAGAAAGAACUCGACGAGCUGAAAGUCGCUGCUCAAGCUGUUGUAGACAUGGUCGAGCCAACUGAGGAAGAUACUGGAACACCUGGAACCCCAUUGGAGUGUCUGCAAAGGGCUCCACAAGGGAUUGUAAAGUAUUGCUCGAAUACCACCCGUCAGUAAAUCUGGCCCCUCUUGGAGAUGGCGUGAACAUCGAUUGUGUCGAGGACACAUUCGCCGGGCUCGUAGAGGAGGUUAAGCUAGUGUCUGAAAAAUUGUCGACAGCCUGGAGCAGGAGUCCUAGAUAUUCUCAUGUUGAUGUAAUGGUUUGAUGUACACUGGGUACAAUUUGGCCAUGUGUGCCACAAACUUAUCUUGAUGUGUACAAACUAAUGUUGCUUUGUAUGUGAUCUUGAUGUAUAUAUGUUUGUAUGCACAUUUGUUUUGUUCAAUAACCAUAUGAUGUGGAAAUC